GCCCCUCCUCCCUGGACGGGCCCCUCCCUGGGCGGCGCUCCCCCGGCGCUCCCCCAUGGCCGCAGCCUUUUUGGCCGCCAGGGGCCCAUCGUCGCGGGGGAUCGGCCUCGGCGGCUGGCCGCAGAGACUGCCCGCCCCCAGCCAUGGCGGGCGCGGCCACGGCGAAGCGCGUGGCCCUGGCUCUGCUCGGCGGGGCGGCCGCCGCGCUCGCCCAGGGCGUCGACCCGCUGGCCUUCGGCUGCGGCGACGGGCCCCACGCCGAGGCGUGGGGCUCCGCCAAGCGGCAGAUGCGCGGCAUUUUUGAGAACCCGAGCGCGGGGUUGGCGCCGACGAGCAAGCAGAUGCUGCGCGACGCCCUGGAGUCCGUGCAGGCAGGGCUCAAGAGCAGCUCCGCCCUCAGCGCCGAGGCCGCCGGGGAGUGCGGCCUUGGCAGGCUGUCCAUCCAGCUCCUGGGCGUCGCCACGCUGAACCCCGAGGAGCUGAUCCAGAUCUUCUCCAGGUCGGAGCAGCUCGCGUCUCCCGUGCUCACGGCCCUCCUGGACCUGCCCUGGCUGGCGGUGGCACAGUCCGGGUGGCCCGUGUACGCGCUCCUCGGCGAGAUCAACCUCCAGCGUCGGGAGGCGGGCAUCACAAACAUCGACGAGGUCGACGGGCUGGACCAGCCCCUCGGGCAGGCAUUCUACAGCGAGCUCACCCAGGCGAUCAUCCAGGGGGACGGCGCCGCGAUCGGGCGCAUCACCAACAUGUUCUUGAGCAUCGACGGCGCACAGCAGAACGCGUUCGCCUGGCUGACGGCCCUGGUCGCCGGCGGAGCCAGCGCCGAGGCGAAGGUGCGGGUUGAGAUCUUGGACACCACGCAGACCAGCCUGAAGCAGAUCCUCACCGGCGCCGUCGGGCUCGACAUCGCGGUGGGCACGCAGUGGCCGUUCUGGGGGCUCCUGCACAUGGCCGCGGACGUCUUCAUGAUGCAGUGACCGCGGUCCUCCUCCUCCUCCUCCUCCUCCUCCUCCUCCUGCUCCUCCCGAAUCCUCCUCCUUCGAAACGAUGGGGUUUCUUCUUCUCCUCCUCUUCUUCCUCCUCCUCCGCGUCGCUGCCAGGAGGGGGUCGUCGGAGGAGGGAGGGGGAGCAUCGCCCGAACUGUUUGAAGGCCUGGGCGCCCGGUGGCCCGCGUUUCUGGCCGCCAAGGGAGCGCCCGGCCGCGUCUCGCCAGCGAUGCCCGUCGGACGUCCCGAGCAGCAGCGGUGCCGCGAUGUUUUCUGGACGCCAGGCGCUCCAUCCUGUAUCCUCAUCCUCCAGGGGGGCGGGGCGGGGGCUGCCGCGGUGCCCGGCGCCCCACCGCGCAAGAUCCCCCCGGGACAGGCUGCCUCGUCGGAGGGCGGGCCUCGGGCGAGGCAGGCGGCACGAAAGCGAGGCUCGCGGCGGGCACGGCCGCGUCGGGCGAGGCCUCGCGGGAAAACGCCCUGCGCGCCGCGUCGCUGCCGCGAGGGGGUCGUCGGAGGAGGGAGUCACCCGCGCGCAGAGGGGGGCACAGUCGGACCG